UGCAGGGAAAGUCUGUGACACGGGAGGCAGUGGGUCUUUAAAGGGCUGCUCUGCCCCUGCUCGCAAGCCCAAUCUCGCAGGACUUGUUAGCGUAUCACGUGCCAGAUUCUUAAUGAAGUGGACACACAAGGGCCUGGUGUGCGCAUGCGCUCGGUGUAAAAUGUAGUUGGAAAUGAGGUGUCCGUCUUGGAGUAGUCGACUUUUAAAAAGCAUCGGCAGCCCGUGAUAUGACGACUUCGCUGGUUCUGCAUCCACGCUGGGCGGACACCUUCAUGUACGUUUAUGAAAAAAGCCCGAAUGAAAACAACCAGAAUAAAAGCCAAACAAUGGAGGGACUGAGCGGUAAUUGCCCCGCGACCCACUGCAGGGACCUGAUGUCGCACCCCGCGCUGGGACGACAUUCUGGCACCAUAGCGACCCACCAGGGCUCCGUCUACUCGGAUAUUUCCUCCCCUGACACCGGCCGGCAGUGUCCGGCGCCCCAGACAUCCUCGAGUGCUUCCCUGAGCUACGGCUAUCCUUUCGGGAACCCAUAUUACGGCUGUAGAUUAUCGCACUCGCACAACGUGAACUUGCAGCAGAAGCCUUGCUCGUACCACCCCGCAGAGAAGUACGCCGAGCCCAGCACAGCGCUGCCCACGGAAGAACUGUCCACCAGGGCCAAAGAGUUCGCCUUCUACCCGAGCUUCGCCAGCUCGUACCAGGCCGUCCCCGGAUAUCUGGACGUGUCGGUGGUGCCCAGUAUCAGUGCUCAUCCUGAGCCGCGCCACGACGCCCUGAUCCCCAUGGAGGGCUACCAGCACUGGGCUCUCUCCAAUGGCUGGGAUGGGCAGGUGUACUGCUCCAAAGAGCAAACCCAGUCAACCCAUCUUUGGAAAUCACCUUUCCCAGAUGUCGUACCUUUGCAGCCCGAGGUCAGCAGCUAUCGUCGUGGGCGCAAAAAGCGCGUCCCAUACACCAAGAUCCAGCUAAAGGAGCUCGAGAAAGAGUACGCAGCCAGCAAGUUCAUCACCAAAGACAAGAGAAGGCGCAUCUCCGCCGCCACAAACCUCUCAGAGCGCCAGGUUACCAUCUGGUUCCAAAACCGGCGAGUCAAGGAGAAGAAAUUCGUCAGUAAAUCCAAGAACAAUCACAUGCACACCACUUGAUAAGAUGAUCGACCUCCUUGAAAACUUAACUCCUUCCAAAAUGACAUGCCAUAUAUUUACCUCUUCCAUUGAAAUUCGUGGUUGACGAACAUUUUUGGCCGACUGUGUCUUUUUAAGUUGAGCUCGAUCAUCAGCUCCAUCGACCAUGCCAACAAGCCCCCAUGUUCUCAGUUUAGAGAUAAUGCUCUAAAAACUGUGAAAGCAUUGAAAAUUCACUUCACAUUUGUUUUAUAGGAAUGUACAUAUAUAAAUAUAUAAUAUUUAAAACAGUAUCUGUAUUUCAAAGACAAGUAUUGCGUGUUUUCUGUUUUUUUUUUAAGCCAAAUCUCAAAAGGACUAAAGACAUUUCUAAGACUUGCAACGGGGGCAGAUCGAAACACAGGAAACUUAUCGUUUUUUUCUUAAAAAAGAAAUAGAUGACCGCCAUGGACAAGAACUGUUGUGGAGUGGCGUCACAUCAAACUUGAGACUUAAAAAUCACCUUCCACAUUUGACAGAGAGGACUUUCAAGAGAAAGAAUGAUGGAGGAAAAAGAAAAAAACAAUCCGUCUCAAUUUCAAAAACAGUGUUCCUCUGUGUGGGAUGUGCUCUGUAAAGCCUGGGCUAAAACAAAGGCUGCUAUGUUGUUAAUCUGUAUAGUGCAAUGCCUACAUUAUUUAAUUCAUAUUAUCUAGUAUGGCGGAACUGUAAACUGGAAUAUCACAAACUUGUAUGUUUUCCUUUAUCAGUGAAGGAUUCUGUCAUGCAACUGGAAUGAUUGUAAACCAUUAAAGUCAGUGAGUAUUACAUAUAAUGCACAAUCGUUUUAUUUUUCAGACUUUGUAGUGUAGCAUUGGAGCUGGUCACACGCCUUGUACGAAGCCUGUAAUUUCUACUUUGGUGCAGUAUGUGAACUGUAUUGUGGUGUUGGAUUACGUCCUGGUAACGUGUUUCAUAAAUAAAUGAUGAUG